AGUCUCACCCCUUUCUACUACUGGUCUUUCUGAUAUCAAUGGUAAAAGCAUUCGAGACAUGCACUAUGAUCACCACGCUUCAUCAUUGCCACUGAUGCUAAUGGAAGUUGCAUUCAGUCACUCCUCGUGCCUGAGCCCUCGUGGACGACCAAGCAACUGGUAAUUCUAUAAUGAAACGCUUGUCCUGUUCCCUCCUUGUGUAUUGGAACAAGACUGCAGGCCGAAGUGGCCGUAAUCACCACCGUGCUCUAAUUCUUAGCGGAGGUUUUCAAUUGAAAACAGGAAACAAAACACAUAGCCGCACGCUGUGUAAAUCCUCUGAUGAUUUCGGCUGCUGGUUAGAUCCGCAUUGCCAAGUGCCGACUGGCAAUCACCCAGAAAAACCAAGCCAGCCUCAUCGGAUCCCCGUGAUGCCGUAGAAAAAGCCGCUGUAGAGAAUUUCUAACCCUUGUCGCCAUCAAGCAUGGGCUCCUUCUCAACGCCUGAAGGGUAUUUUAUCGGACUUGGUUGUGAAGUCUUUUUGCAUGGACUCUACACUGGACUGUUCUUGGCGUCAAUGUAUCUUCUGCUGUUCAAGAAGAAGAAAAAUCGGGUCGUUGCUGUAAUGACUCUCGUGAAUUGCCUCAUGUAUGCGGUCGCUACUGCCCAUAUGAUCAUCAAUUUCAGGCAGAACUUUGCGGCUUUCCUUUGGCAUAACGGUGCCAAGGACGACAGUGUAUUCCAUGAUACGUCGUCCGUGACACAGUGGUCUCAACUCAUGCUGGAGGUUGUGAAUAUAGCGUUGGGUGAUGGGAUCGUAAUAUGGAGAGCAUGGAUUUUAUGGAAUCGUAGGUGGUGGAUCAUACUCUCAUCCGUGCUUCUUCUUCUGGGAACCAUGGCUUCGGGCAUUGGACUUGUAUACACCGUUGCAACGGCGCCUACUGGCGUCGUGUUUACUGAUCCCAGGCUUGAAGUCUGGGCCGUUGCAUUCAUACUUUCAACAUUUUCAACAAACGCGUGGGCUACGACACUUGUUGCCUAUCGUACAUGGUUGCACUUCAAGCUAGUCCGUCAUCUCACGGGCGUCUCCAUCCUGGGAAGCUUCCGCAAGCGAAGUGCGAUUCUCCCUAUUCUAAUCGAGUCUGGCACUUUAUAUUGUUGCACAUGGCUCAUCGUCAUCGCUAUAUUUCUUUCCUCAAGCAAUGCAAUCUAUAUUAUGAUUGACACCAUCUCACAACUGACAGCCAUCUAUCCAACUCUGAUCAUUACCCUCGUUUGCGUUAGGUCCACCCUUGAUAUCGCGAUCGAAACAGUUCAUCAAACUCAGACGCAAAACCAGGCGUGGACUCAGAGACCUACUGCUCUAACACAAGCAUCAGUCGAAGACUUUACAGAUACGGCCUCUUUAGAGCCAUCCAUCCCAAUGCGACUUGUCACGAUAGGGUUCCGGAGCGCCUUGGAUGGGUCUGGAGGAGGUCCUCCUCACUUGGGCAGCAUGAGUAGUGAAUCUGUUAGGAAGACAUUGUGUCAAACGAAGGCAGACGAUGCUCUUUGAGACUGUACUCACAGAGGAAUUUCGGGCACACAUGAUGUACAUCUAUUAGAGGAUAUCACUCAAGAGUUGUUCCCUGUAGCGACACAAAAAUGCUAAUUAUUGUAUAUUCUAU